AUGUUCGAAGACUUUUCCUUCACAUCGCCCUCGUCGCGACCCGCCCGUCUCGCCCUCGACCCAGACGACCGACUAAUGGUCGACAGCGACAACAACCUAAUCUCACCACUCUCCUCACGCUGUCCAUCACCACAAUCCCAUCGCUUCCGCAACAUCUCGCGCUCGCGCUCCUCCCACUUCCACCGAAACCAACAACCCCCAACCUCCGUCCCCUUCCCCUAUGACUCAGACCACAAACGUCUAUCCAUCUCAACCCUAACUCAAAAACUACACGAACACACCCUCGCCACUCCUCCAACGCGCGAUCCCCAAACCCAGCACACAAACACUCACACUCACACUCAAAACCGAACCGGAAGACACACACCCGGCUCACGCCGCUACCCGGGCACGGGCUACGUCCUCACACCCCCAGACACAGACCACUCCGACGACUCCGGCGUCGGCGACUGUCUCUCCUCGCCCUCCGCCUCCUCAACAACAAGUCCAACCUUCAUGCCCCCAGACCUCCUCUCCGACCUACCGGAUUUCGGCCUCGGACACCCCUUCUACCCCCAACCCCAUCCCUACCACCAAGAUGUCCGCAUGCAGCGCCAGCAGAUCUCCAGACUACAAUGCAACGAGUCGGAGGUUGAGGCUAUGCAGCGCUCGCUGCUAGAUGAUUCAUCCUCUGCGCCGGACUUCUGCGACGAAGACGAUUCUCGUUGCCGCCGCGGUCGUCGCCGCGGAGGAGGGGCGGUUACGCUUGCGCGCAGUCGGUUUGGGCCGGAGGGUGGUGGUGAGGGGAGGACGAGGAGGAAGAGUUCUUCGGCGGGGGUUUUGGCCAGUCGUGUUGAGAAGAAUCAUUAUGGUGGGUUUGGCGGGAAGAGGAAUGAGCAGGGGCUUAGGAGGAAAAGUCUUGUUAGUUCGGCUUUGGCUUCGAUGGUUGAGAGGGAUGAUGAUUGA